AUGGCCCUGCUGCCCACCCUUACCCCAGCAUCUGCUCACUUGGUGCUGGUGGAGCGGAGCCCAGACGGCUCAGGCUCCAGCCACAUCCCCGCCCCUGCUGAGCAGAGGCAGCCCUUCCCGGGCAGCUCCCUACUCCUCCGGGCAACACACACUCCGCUGGCUUCCCGGACCCCCAGGGCCCUGCGUGCCUGGCCGCCCAUCCCUGGCAGGCAUGGAGCUCUGAGGGGUAGUCUCGGGCGCCCCCUCAUGGAGUCCCAGAGGCAGGCACUGGACACACCCCCAACACAGCACCAGCUGGCAGCGGAGGAGUCUGCACGGCCUGGCUCCCUUGUCAUGCAGCAGACAGCAUGGGCUUUGCUCCAAGAAGAAUCCCCGCCGCUGGGCCUAGACCAUGGCGAGGAGGAGCUGUUGGCUGAUGCGAAACCCAUUGGCUGCUCUGAUGCUCGCAGAACCUGCAGGGCAGCCCCCGGUGUGUAUCCUAAGGCCCCGCGGUUUCCUCUUCACAGAAGGCGCGUCGCCUCCCAGCGCUGCUCCCUCGAGUUUCUGGAAGACACAGUGGGAUGUGCCUCGGUUCAGCGGACAAAACACAUAUCCGGGUCCCCGAGACACAAAGGCCUGAAGAAGACUCACUUCAUCAAGAACAUGAGGCAGUACGACACCAAGAGCAGCAGGAUCGUGCUGAUCUGUGCCAAGAGGUCCCUGUGUGCGGCCUUCUCAGUCCUGCCGUACGGAGAAGGCCUGCGGGUCAGUGACCUGCGGGGGGACAGCCAGAAGCAGAGGCACCCGUCCGGCGGCAUUUCCGUGUCUUCAGAGAUGGUGUUUCAGUUGGAAGGUGUCGAGUUGGGAGCGGAUGGAAAGGUUGUGUCCUACGCCAAGUUCCUGUACCCCACCAAUGCCCUGGUGACACUCAAGCCGGACAGCCAUGGCCCGCCGCCUCCGCCCCGGCCCAGCGUCCCCCGCACUCUGCCGGGGUCAAGAUGUAAACCAGCCCCUGCCAGGGCAACACCAGCCGGCCCGGAACUAGGGACUGACGCAGGGGAUACCCUAGAGUACAACCCCGACCUCCUGGAUGACCCUCAGUGGCCCUGCGGCAAGCACAAGCGUGUCCUCAUCUUCGCGUCCUACAUGACCACGGUGAUAGAGUACGUGAAACCCUCCGACCUCAAGAAGGAUAUGAACGAGACCUUCCGGGAGAAGUUCCCACACAUCAAGCUGACGCUGAGCAAAAUCAGGAGUUUAAAGCGAGAAAUGCGGAACCUGUCUGAGGAGUGCGGCCUGGAGCCCGUGACGGUGUCCAUGGCCUACGUGUACUUCGAGAAGCUGGUCCUGCAGGGCAAGCUCAACAAGCAGACCCGCAAGCUGUGCGCGGGCGCCUGCGUGCUGCUGGCCGCCAAGAUCAGCAGCGACCUGCGCAGGAACGGCGUGAAGCAGCUCAUCGACGUGAGUGGCCGCCCCACCGUCCCCACCCCGCCCUGCGGGGUCCACCCUUCGCCUCUCACCAGGAAAAGCCCUGUUGCCCGGGACACUGGGAGCCCUCAGGACGAUGGGACUGCCGGCUCUUGA